AUGAGACCACAAGUUUCUCGAACUCAAAGUGAACAAAGAGGUCGUUCAUCAACAAAGAAGGCAAGUACAAAAGGUGAGCUAAAAUGGGAUUAUCAAUUUAGACCUACUGAAGUUGUUAAAAACAUUCAAAAAUCUUCAGGCCAUUCAAGUCUUUUAGAAAAAUCAAGAUCAAGAGAGGGAUCUAUAGUUCGUUUGAAAGAAUUUGAUCCUUAUAAUGAUAAGAAAAGAUCAUCAAGUCUUGCUACAAUAAGCUAUAAACGUCCAGGUCCAUCAAGAGUAAAUAGUGGAAUUAGAUCAUCAAAUAAUUAUAAGAACCCAAUGUCUGCUUAUGCAAGUAAUGAGGAAAUUGAUACAAUAAUACCCAAUCAUUCAAGUAUCUUAUAUCAGAAAUAUCUUAGACCAUCAACUUUAGUCCACAGCAGUGAACCUACUACGAAGUCAAAUACAACACAAAAUACACCAAGGAAUACCAAAAAUUCAGUUGCAUUACCACAUGAUUUAUUACCGGCUUUUGAAAAUGUUAAUAUUGAUCUUGAUGAUGAAGAUCAUAGGGAGCAGGAAGAUGAGGAUGAAGAUGAAUUUAAUGCUCUUGAUUUAUCAGAAUUUGAUAAUAAAUUUACAGAUUCAAACCCCAACAGUAUCAAAAUAGAUUCUGAAAGAUCAAGUCUUAACUCUACAGAAACCAAGAAGUCAAAAGAAGAUAAGUUAUUGAAGAUUUCAACAGCACAACAGAAACCAAUAGAAAAGCAUGGUAGAAUUCAACAACGUUUAAAUUAUAUGAAGGAAUUAAAUGAAGAGAAUUAUCAAAAUUCAAACCAAAAAUGGCUAACACAUGAAAAUUUCCAUCAGAAAUUAUUCUUGGAAUCUUUAAAUAAUGAUUUAAGAAGUUUGAAGAGAUCAAAUCACAAUCCAUUAUACAAGUCAUUGAAAAGAACACAAGAUAUUGAUCAUAAGCUUCAAGACUCUUCAGCUUCAAUAUCAAGUCAAAGUCUCUUAAAAUCAUUAGAUUCAAAUACAAAAUCAAUGAAAAAGGAAACAAAUUUCACUUCUAUCAAGAAGAAUAAAUAUCCAGAUAUUCAAAAACUUAAAGAUCUUUUACCAAAAUGUCAUGACAUAACAUCUCAACUUUGGACAAAUUCAGCUAAAACUUCUGUUUCUGAUAUAAUCACAACGAAGAAACCUUCUGGUGAUACAAUAGUUUCAUCAUAUGAUUCCGGAGGAAUCAACUUAAUUACACAUACUUAUCAACCAAAAGAAACAAAUGUUAUACAUGAAAAUCUUGAUAAUUAUUCAUUUGAACCAGUACCAGCAAAUGAUGAGACAUAUAUUAGAGUUAGGAACUCAAAAGGGCAUAGUCCCUUAUCACAGAGGAUUACGAAUGUUUAA